AUGUACUUUAAACCGUCAACUAGCUGGCUAUCAGGUCCUGUAGAGUCAACAGCAUCCACUAUCCAAGUUAAAAACCUCUUCUCUACCAAGGGUGACAAAAACCUUACCACAGUACUUGUCUGGCUCUGGCCCUUUGGACAGACCUAUGACCUGGGUAUCUGCAGCUCUCUGUUCAACAUUGAGGGCUGUUUCAUCACAGCAGAUCGGAACCUAUAUAAUAAGUCAGAUGGGGUCGUCAUACAUCACAGGGAUAUCUGUACUGAUCUCUCCAACCUGCCCCCCCUUCAGCGUCCCUCCUUCCAAAAGUGGAUAUGGAUGAACCUAGAGUCACCAUCCCACUCCUCUCAGCUGCCCGGAAUUGAAAACUUGUUCAAUUUAACUCUGAACUAUCGUCAGGAUGCUGAUAUCGAAGUGCCUUACGGGUCGAUUGUGACGGCCCAAGGGGAUGAGGAUUUCGUGCCACCGAGCAAAAGCAAGUUGAUCUGCUGGAUUGUCAGCAACUGGAACCAGGAUCACGUGCGAGUGAAGUACUACAACGAGCUCUACAAAUAUAUUGAGGUUCAUGCUUACGGACAAGCCUUUGGAGAGUACAUUGCAGAUCAAGAAUACUUUCCUACCAUCGCCAGUUGUAAAUUCUACUUGGCGUUUGAGAACUCAAUUCACAAAGACUACAUCACAGAGAAACUGUAUAACCCACUCUCUGUAGGGACGGUGCCUGUGGUUUUAGGCCCACCAAGACCAAACUAUGAGAACUUUGUCCAGGGGGGAGCCUUUAUCCAUGUGGAUGACUUCACCUCACCCAAAGAGCUGGCUGAUUAUCUCCUGCUCUUGGACAAGAAUGAGGAAAUGUAUCUCAGAUACUUUGAGUGGCGACGGCACUUUAAGGUGAAAAAGGCAUACUUCUGGGCCGAACACACAUGCCUCGCUUGUGAUUAUCUCAGAAGGCACAAGGAGUACAAGGCAUUCAAUAACCUUGAUAAAUGGUAUUGGGGUGGAAUGCCUUAA